AAAAAAAAAAAAAAAAAACCUGAUUCUGAAAAUACUACUCAGGAGUCAGGACAUAGUACUUUAUUUUCGGGUCUAUUUCUCUCGCUCCAAAAGUUAGUCCUUUCCGGUCACUGAUUCUGCAUUUUCGUUCAUGUAGUUUCUUAAAAAAGUUCAUCUUUCAUUAGUUUGAAGCAGUACUACUACUACUUCAUGGAUGGGAAGAGCAGUAGUUGUUGGAAAUUUGAGAUGGGGGAAGAAGAAGACCUUAAAAGGGAAGUAAAGGAGGAAGCCGUGGAGGAAGAAAAUCAUCUACAACAAGAAGAACACCCACAAAAUCCAGAAAAACCCACUCCAGAAAAUGGAGACGAAACGACCAACUGCUUCCUGGAGAGCUGGGGAUUUGAGAUGGGAAAAGAAGCCCUCAAAUGCCUAGUGAAGGAGGAAGGUGUUGAAGCUGUUGAGGAAGCUGAUAACCAACAACAUCCACAAAAUUCAGACAAACCCACUUCUGAUGCCGACGACAAUAGGACCGUUGAUGAUUUUUUUGCCUCAAAAGUAAUCGGAAAGGGCUCCAGGAGAACUAGGAGUAAAAGCAGAAAACCACGGAAGCUUUGGAUGUUUGGAAAUUUUGAAGUUCCAUCCUGUGCUAUGAAUAGAACCAAAGAAGUUAAGGAAAACCUUGAUCCUCAGUGUCCGAGCUUUGUAAAGAUGAUGCGAUAUUCGAAUGUUACUCAAGGAUUUUAUCUCGAACUUCCGCACACUUUUAGCAAUAUGUAUAUGCCAAAGGAUGAUAAAGAAUGUAUUUUGGAAGAUGAAGAUGGUGAAGAAUACGAGAUGAAAUUCCUUGCCAGUAGAAAGAGAUUUAGUCGGGGUUGGAAAGCUUUUGUUACUUAUCAGGGCCUGCUUGAAGGCGAUGAAGUUGUUUUCCAUUUAAUUGGGACUUGCAAAUUCAAGGUUGUUGUUGUUAGAUCAACUAGUUUAGAAGUGGAUGGAGCACUUGGGCUGUUACCGUUGGACAAAAUUAUGAGCCGAACCGAAUCUGGAAGACAAUUUAACGAAGAGGAGGAUACAAGAACGACUUCAUUUGUUGAAUUUGAAAACUUCAACAUAAUUAUCAAUGGCAUGGUAUUGGACUUUAAGAUUUCAAAGAGUACAAGGCGGAAGUAUUAUGAGCUCUGCCGUGCUCGUAAAACAUACCUGCAUGUUGGUUUCUUAAAGACAAUUAGUAGUUCAUCGGCUGCAGAAAUCAUCUCAGAUACAGUUGGAAUUGCAGAUGCAAUCAGAUCCAGCAAUAUUACCACUCCUAAAAGCGAGUUUGCUGUUUGGGACCAAACCUUAGCAGGGUUUGAGUUACUGGGAGUCGAAGUUGGAUUCUUACGUACUCGUGUUAGCAAACUAGCCGCGCUUUCAGUGGAGCUAGGAAACAGAGCAUGUGCAAAGCUCUACAAGAAAGCCAAGCUUGAAUAUAAUAUUGCAGUGGAAGAAAUCAAGACUAUUGAAGCGAAACUCCAGGAAGUGCGGCAAAAAAGGACGAGACAUGAUGGUGACCUGCUGAGGUUAAACAAGCACAUUCAGAGGGAUGAGUCGAGAUUUGUAGAAGAAGUGAAUGCUCCGUGGAAGAGGAAAACUGUGAUGGGGAGGGGAUCCGAUGAAGAUUAUCAACAAGAACAAAGUGGAGUAGAACCCUCUUCAGAUACUGAUACUGAUGAAGACCAAAUGACUAUCCAUCAGUUUGUAACCUCAAAAGGGAAACACACCACUUCUGAUCAGCAAGUUCGAAAGGGCUUGGGCCGGAGAACAAAGAGGAAAUUGAAGGAAUCCAGGACGGUUAGUCAUAACCAUCAAGUUCUGCCCUAUGUAAUAGCAAGAGCUGAAGAAAUUCGAGCUAAACUUGAUCAUCAGUACCCCUGCUUUGGAAAGAUAAUGCUGCGUUCCCAUGUUACUCAGGGGUUUUGGAUGAGCUUCCCAACUGAUUUCUGCAGAGAUCAUAUGCCUAAGUUUGAUGAUACAUACAUUUUGGAAGAUGAAGAUGGUGAAGAAUACGAGACAAGGUUCCUUGCCAGUAGAUUGGGACUAAGUAAAGGUUGGAGAGGUUUUACAAUUUCACAGAAAUUGCUUGAGGGUGAUGUUCUUCUUUUCCAUUUGGUUGAGCCUAGGAAAUUCAAGGUUUACAUAGUUAGAUCAACUAGCUUCGGAGAAGUGGAUGGAGCUAUCAUUAGGCUCCCACAGUUGGAAGAAAGUUCCAAUGAAAAAGAAUUUGGAGGAGAGAUUCACGAAGAUGGCAAUGGCGAUCUAGAAGAAGGCGAAAAAUCAACUGCAUUUGUUGAUUUUCAGGACUUCAACAUAAAGUUCAAUGGCAUGGUUUUGGACUUUGAGGAGAUACCUGAUAUGCGCCUCAAGUACUACGAACUCUGCCAUGCUCAGAAAUCAUAUCUCCAUGACGGUCUCCUUAAAACUAUUAGUUCCUCUUCAGCAGUUGAUAUAAUCUCAGACACUGUUGAAAUCGCUAGUGCGAUCAAAUCAAGUACUGUUUCCACCCCAUCAAGUCUGUUUACACUUUGGGAUCAGACAUUAGCAGCUUUCGAAAUGUUGGGGAUCAAAGUCGGGUUCUUGCGCGCUCGCGUGAAAAAACUCGUCGCUCUUUCAAAACAAGCGAAAGACACUCGACAUGCAAAGAGGUACAAGCAUGCGACUGCUGAGUAUAAUCACAUAGAGGAAGAGGCAAAGAGUCUUGAAGCCAAACUCCUGGAAUUGCAGCAGGAAAAAAUGGAACUUCAAUGUGAAAUAGAGACUUUGAAAGAUCACAUUCAGAUGGAUGAAUCCAGGUUCUUGGAAGAAGCUAAGGCUCCAUGGUGA